UUUGUUUAAGAAUCUUCGUAUGCCCGGCGGAGAAUUUUGUGGAUAGUAACAACUGUGUGUCUAAAGGAUCUCCUCCUCACCUGACGUUACACAGCACAAUGAAGAACCAGGACAAAAAGAACGGAGCUGCCAAACAGGCCAACCCCAAAAGCGGCCCUGGACAGCGUGAAGCCGCCCAAGCGGGAGGCCAGGGGCGGCCCGGCCGGACAGCCGCCGCCACAGAAGCCGAAGGUGCCAGCAGCCAGGCGCCAGGGAGAAAGGAGGGGGCUCAAGCCAAGACUGCCCAGCCCGGCGCCCUCUGCGACGUCUCAGAGGAGCUGAGCCGCCAGCUGGAAGACAUUCUGAGUACAUACUGUGUGGACAACAACCAGGGGGGCCCUGGGGAGCCCCCCGAACCUGAAGAAGCUGAGAAGUCACGCACCUAUGCAGCCAGGAAUGGGGAGCCAGAGCCAGGCGCCCCAGUGGUCAAUGGUGAGAAGGAGACCUCCAAGGUGGAGCCAGGCCGGGAAGAGAUCCGCACGAGUGAGGAAGUGGGAGACCGAGACCACCGAAGGCCACAGGAAAAGAAGAAAGCCAAGGGGCUGGGAAAGGAGAUCACGUUGUUGAUGCAGACAUUGAACACCCUGAGCACCCCGGAGGAGAAGCUGGCUGCGCUGUGCAAGAAAUAUGCUGAACUGCUCGAGGAGCACCGGAACUCACAGAAGCAGAUGAAGCUCCUGCAGAAGAAGCAGAGCCAGCUGGUGCAGGAGAAGGACCACCUGCGCGGCGAGCACAGCAAGGCCGUCCUGGCACGCAGCAAGCUUGAGAGCCUGUGCCGGGAGCUGCAGCGGCACAACCGCUCCCUCAAGGCUGGCUGGGGAGCGGUGGAUGGUGAUGCUGGGGCUGACUUCUGUGCCCAGGAAGAAGGUAUGCAGCGAGCCCGAGAGGAGGAGGAGAAGCGCAAGGAGGUGACUUCACACUUUCAAAUGACCCUCAAUGACAUCCAGCUGCAGAUGGAGCAGCACAAUGAACGCAACUCCAAGUUGCGUCAGGAAAACAUGGAGCUGGCCGAGCGGCUCAAGAAGCUGAUUGAGCAGUAUGAGCUACGAGAAGAGCAUAUUGACAAAGUCUUCAAACACAAGGAUUUGCAACAGCAGCUGGUGGACGCCAAGCUCCAACAGGCCCAGGAGAUGCUAAAGGAGGCAGAGGAGAGGCACCAGCGGGAGAAGGACUUUCUCCUGAAAGAAGCAAUGGAGUCGCAGAGAAUGUGUGAGCUGAUGAAGCAGCAGGAGACACACCUGAAGCAGCAGCUUGCCCUAUACACGGAGAAAUUUGAGGAGUUCCAGAACACUCUUUCCAAGAGCAGUGAGGUGUUCACCACAUUCAAACAGGAGAUGGAAAAGAUGACUAAGAAGAUCAAGAAGCUGGAGAAAGAGACCACUAUGUACCGGUCCCGGUGGGAGAGCAGCAACAAGGCCCUGCUUGAGAUGGCCGAGGAGAAAACCCUCCGGGACAAAGAGCUGGAAGGCCUGCAGGUGAAAAUCCAGCGGCUAGAGAAGCUGUGCCGGGCCCUACAGACAGAGCGCAAUGACCUCAACAAGAGGGUGCAGGACCUGAGUGCCAGUGGCCAGGUCCCCCUCGGUGACAGCGGUCCUGAGCAGAGGCUGGAGGCAGCCACCACCUCCAAGGAGCAGGGGGCCGAGGUGCCUGGGGCGCAAGUACCCACCUCCCAAAGGGCCACAGAAGCUCCUUGCUGCACAGGAGUACCAAGCACAGAAGCAUCAGGCCAAACAGUGCCCCAGGAGCCCACCUCUACCACCGGCUAGAGGGCGUGGUGCUUAGGGCAUGCUGGAAGGGGAGCAGGCAGCCCAGCCCGGCCUGGUCCAUCCACGGCUCCCACCUUAUCACUUCAGUGCUCAGGCCAUGCUGGCCUGGCCUGGCUGACACCUGACCCAGCUGGCACCUGACCCUUUGCAGUUUGGGAUUUUGUGGGUCAGUUUUACAUACAUUUGGCACACAUGCAAGGCCUCAUGCACUUACGUCUGAAAGUGUGCCAUGGACUUGCGUUGAAGAUGACGGUGUGGACAGAUGAAGCCAGCAGCUCCCUGGUGAGCUAGAGUUCUCCCGAGGAGGUGCCAUCUGCAGCUGUCAUCACCAUGAGCUGGCAGGACAAGUUCCUCAAGUGUUGCCCUGCCAGCUUCAAGGCUGAGACCCUUCCUGGCUGUCUAAAGCUCGUAACAGGUGACACAUAGCCGGGCCCCGCCUGCACUUCUCUCUGAGCCAAAUAGGGCUGGGACGGCUGGGCUCCCUGGCUGGCCUGACUCAGAGAAAUGUCCCCAUGGCAGGCACCUGGAGCUGAGCAUGGAGCUGCUUUCCUGCCUUGGAGAAAGGACAAGAGUGUGUGGUGGGAUCACUGGUUGCUGGUUGGGAGCCCUAGGGCACUGCUUCCCCUGCCCGCUGGUAUUGCCAGGACCAGGCCGAUGAUGCUUCUCAGUAGCCUUACCAUUCACAGGUGCCUCUCCAGCCUGCACAAAGGAGUGAUGAGAUCAUCCAAAGGAUUCUUUCUGAAGGGGUUUU